AUGCGUCUCUCACUGCAGAUUUUGGUGGUCGCCUUUGCCGCCCUCCUUUGCGCUGUCUCAUCCACCGAUGCUAAGCUUCAGCGAGGUCUCGCCUGGGGUGUCAACAACAACUACGGCCCUCGCAUGGCCAAGGGUCUCGUCAAGUGGUACUGGCACUGGCAGGAUGGUGCCAACCCUAAGUUUGAUGGCAAGUUGCAGUUCAUCCCUUGCUUCUGGGGUCCCAAGUACUACUCUCAGUGGCGUCAGCGCAAGCAGGAGAUGAAGGGAAACCUGCCCAAGUACAUCCUUAGUUUCAACGAGCCCGAGAUCUCUGGUCAAGCCAACCUCAGCCCCAAGUAUGCCGCCAAGCUGCACAUGAAGGAGCUCGAACCUUACGCCAAGAAGGGCGUCAAGAUCAGCUCGCCCCAGAUGGUUUGGAAGACCCAGUGGCUCGAGGAGUUCAUGCACGAGUGCAACAAGCUCGGAUGCACCAUUGAUUUUGUCGCCAUCCACUGGUACGGUACCACCCGCGACAUGGCCAAAUUUAAGAAGUGGAUCAAGACCAUCCACAAGAAGUUCAACAAGCCCAUCUGGGUCACCGAGUACGGCGUCACCGCCGCCUCCGGUCCCAACAUGUCUGCCAUCAGGAAGUUCCACAUGGACGCCACCGCGUGGAUGACCAGCGUUAAGUAUGUCAAGCGCGCCGCGUGGCUGGGAUGCUUCGAGAUCAACAACCCUCCCGACUCGUACGCCAACAACAAGAACGCCUUCCUCAACAGCAACGGUUCGCUGCGUGACAUUGCCUACUGGUACCUCUACUCGCACAAGCCCAGCCACAAGCGCUCGGUCCACCACUCGAACCGCGCUCUCCCUUCGGCGCAUGCCGCUCGCCGCAGCUUGACGCACAAGGACGAGGAUGGUAACGACAUUGUUGAUGACGAGGACGAAUUCGAGGCACCCGAGCACAUUGUCGAGUGCGACGAGUACUGCCAGCUGCGUGAACAGGCGGUCGCCAAAUACGAGGCUGAGCACGGCACCAUCAGCGACGUGGACGAGCUUGACGACGACAACGAGGACGACGCCGAGAACUAG